AUUGCUGCCCUUCGGGCUGGCUGCUGUACAGGGGCAAGUGCCUCUUCAUCUCAUCAGAGAAGAAGACGUGGGAGGACAGCAGAGAUGAGUGCGAGAAGAAAUAUUCUCAGCUCCUGGUGACCAAAUCCUGGAGUCGCUGGACUGUGCCGGCCUUCCUGAAGAAUGCGGAUAUCCCAUACUGGAUCGGGCUGCAGAAGAGCAGCUUCCCCUGGUAUGAAUAUGGCUUGCUGGAGGAAAUGGACCCAGAGGAUGAGGGGGUCUCAGAUGCCUGGUUCUGGGUGGACGGCUCCCUUUAUGAAAGGCCGUGGCAGUGGAAGUCAAACGGGUCCUGUGCUGUAAUAAGCCGUGGGAGCAUCAAACCUGCCCAGUGCGCCGGUCCCGAUGACCUGCACCUCUGGAUCUGCGAGAAGGCGGCCGGGCCGAGCUCCCUGUUCAUGGG